CACUCUUUUCUUCUCUCAAAUUUAUUUUCCUCAAUUCAAAAUCCAAAUCUGUGAGUAGCCCACUCCCCGCCUCUUCUUUGAUUAUUGAUACAGCUUUACUAUACUAACAACAAUAUAGGACACCAGUAAGGUCUUUGGUUAACAGUGACGUGUUUUGACUUCCGUUGUUGAUCAAUUUUAGUUGUCAUUGUGAACUGUUGAAGUAGAUUUACAUCUCUCUUUGUCGGUGGUAGUUGAUGCAUUGAUAUUUAACUGUUUGUGUUCUACGAUUCUUGACUUGUUUAAGCGUUGGAAAAUUUUCUGAAUUCAUCCCAUGGAUGUGCUUCAGCAACCUUUUACUUAAUUUGCAUCUACACCACUAAUCAGAAAGGUGGUUGAUUUAAAUUGACUAUGAAUUUUGACUUCUAUUCUUGGUUGGCUAAAGCAGUUGAUUUGUGUCAGUGUUGAUCUUUGCCUUACACCAACGUUGAACUAUGUUCUUGGUCGUUGGUAAUCAUUAUUGUGCUUCGUGGAUCCCUCUCACUUAUGUUGAACUCCGUUGUUGGUUGAGGUUAGUCGUUGGUUAUCAUUAUUGUUCUUUGUGGAUCCCUCUCACUUAUGUUGAACUCCGUUGUUGGUUGUUGUUAGUCGUUGGUUAUUGGUCUUAUUGUUCUUCGUGGAUCCCUCUCACUUAUGUUGAACUCCGUUAUUGGUUGUUGUUAGUCGUUGGUUAUUGGUCUUAUUAUUUUGUGGAUCCUUCUCACUUAUGUUGAACUCCGUUGUUGGUUGAGGUUAGUCGUUGGUUAUCAUUAUUGUUCUUUGUGGAUCCCUCUCACUUAUGUUGAACUCCGUUGUUGGUUGAG